AUGAUGGAACUGUCACUGGAAGCGUAUCGCAUCAUCGUCAACAACGUGCGGAGCCGCGUUGAUUUGGCAACGUUGUGCCUCGUAUCAAAGGGGUUUCGACGCGUCGCAGAACGCGCUCUUUACAAUACGCUGUUCAUGCAUGAAACAGAGAGGACAGAGCGGAUAUGUAAGACGCUGGUCAGUCAACCGAGGGUCGCGGAGCUGGUGGAGGCGUUGACUAUUGCAAUUGAAGAAGGUGAGGAGAGGAGAGGAGAAGGAGAAGCACCUGCAGAGGAAGAUGAGGAAGAGGGAGGAGGAGGCGACGAUGAAGCUACUGACACCGAAGAAAACGAGGCACAGUCAGGAGUCUUGGAGCCAGACGAUCAAGACGAAAGUAUGGAGUUAGCAGUAGCACUGGCGUUGUCACUGGAAACUGGUCCGCAUGUCAAAGUGCCUACAACUUCUUCCAGUGCGAGGGCGCGACUAGAGACUGAAGAAAAUCUCUGGCCUGCUAUCUCUGACGCGUUGAAAAAAAUGUCCAGGCUCCGUCAUCUCAGUAUCGUCAUCGACGGAUCCUUUUCCUCGCCUUACUCUGGCCGUCUUGCCUGGAUCCUCACCGAUUGUCCUUUUCGGCUAAAAAGCUUCCAUUCGGACAUGAGGUGGGAUGAGAACUUGGUAAGGUUUCUAAAUGUACAGGAUGAAAUCGAGGAUCUGUAUAUUGGAGACUACGACGAAGGAGAGGAACCUGGGGAGGUAGAGGAAUCUACGGGGCUGGAUGAGAAAACCCCUGUCACUACAAUGUCUUCAGGCCCUGUUGGCCCACGCGCCUCUCACAAUAGCCUUACCCUUUCUCCAACUGCCCUGCCGCACCUAUUCACCCUGGAAUGCACUUUCUCGGAAGCGGCCAUCGCUAUUGUGCCUGGUCGUCCCGUGUCAAGGCUAAAAACAUGUUUUUCACGCACGGAUCCGGAGGGAAAGAGGGCAGAGAUGAAGGUUUUGUUUGAGGGGUUAGGAAAGGCGUUGGUUCCUGCCAAGAACAGAUCAAGUGCUAGAGGGGGUAGAGCGGUUCAGGAAGGACUAACGGGAGGUAGUGGUAGAGGCGGAUGGUAUGCUCUGGAUAUCGCUGACGCAGAGUACGAAGAAAAUUUUGCGAUGGAUUUACUAAGGGCCGUGGUGAAUUUAACUUUGGUCAGGUCGGGAUCCGGUGGUCACGGUAGAGCGGCAGGUGCGACUAAAUCGACUGGCAGUCUCAGUUUGAAGGGUACAUUGAGGUAUCUGGGCACUCUGGUUUUACCCGUGGGUGGAAGGGAGCGGCUCUUGUUCUAUGGUCUUCUGAUGCAACUCCGUUAUUUGUGCUGUGUCGAGCUCGAGAUAAGCGCAUGGAAUCCUUCUCCAACCGUCGUAGGUCCAGUAGCUUUCCGCGCGUUGGGAAACGAGCUCAGGUUAUAUUGUCCUGGGGUGGCAAAAAUAGUUUUUGUUUCAAUGAACGCGGGGGAAGGUGAAGACAUCGGGGAGCGAACGACGGUGGAAUGGAUCACAGGUGAGGGCGUAGCUAGGGUAGAAAGGGAGGUGAUGAAUGGGAUGAGUGGCACGGAGGGGUUAUGGAGAGAUGUCUGA